AGCAGUGGGUUAUGAGAUAGGACACCCCUGAUAUCCCACAAUGCACUGUGGGUGCCUUAGGAAUGGGGGUCUGGCCUGGGAGAGGCAGCAGUGCAUUGUGGGAUGGGGCUCCCCCAAUAACCCAUAGUGCAUUGCAGGGGCCCCCGCAUCGGGGUUCCCUCAGUGUAAGGGGUCCCAGUGCAAACCAGUCAGCCCAGCAUGGACCAGUACAGCAUCCUGGGCAGGAUCGGGGAAGGAGCCCACGGCAUUGUCUUCAAAGCCAAGAACGUAGAGACGGGGGAGACCGUGGCAUUGAAGAAGGUCGCUCUGCGGAGACUGGAGGACGGGAUCCCGAACCAGGCGCUGCGGGAGAUCAAAGCGCUACAGGAGAUUGAGGAGAAUCAGCAUGUGGUGAAGCUGAAGGCCGUGUUCCCCCACGGCGCAGGCUUCGUGCUGGUGUUCGAGUACAUGCUGUCGGACCUGGCCGAGGUGAUCCGCAACGCCCAGCAGCCCCUCACGCAGGCCCAGGCGAAAGGCUACAUGCUCAUGUUGCUGCAGGGGGUGGCCUUCUGCCACGCCAAUAACAUCAUGCACCGGGAUCUGAAACCAGCCAAUUUACUCAUCAGCUCUACGGGGCAGCUGAAGAUUGCGGAUUUCGGCCUCGCCAGGGUGUUCUCCAGUGACGCAGGCCGGCUCUACAGCCACCAGGUGGCCACCAGGUGGUACCGUGCCCCGGAGCUCCUGUACGGUGCCCGGAAGUAUGACGAAGGGGUGGAUUUGUGGGCUGUGGGCUGCAUUUUUGCUGAGCUGCUGAACAACUCGCCCCUCUUCCCCGGGGAGAACGACAUCGAGCAGCUCUGCUGUGUACUCCGGGUGCUGGGGACCCCCAGUCCGCGCGUCUGGCCGGAGAUCACGGAGCUGCCUGACUACAACAAGAUCUCGUUCAAAGACCACCCGCCCAUCCCGCUGGAGGAGGUGCUGCCCGACGCCCCCCCACAGGCCCUGCAGCUGCUCGGGCGCUUCCUGGUCUACCCUUCCCGGGAGCGCGUGAGGGCAGCCCAGGCAUUGCUGCAUCCCUAUUUCUUCACCCCCCCGCUGCCCGCCCACCACUCGGAGCUACCCAUUCCCCAGCGAGGGGGCAGGACGGCCCGGCAGGGACCCCCGCACCAGCGCAACUUCCACAUCGAGCGGCCCGUGGAAGAGUCUGUGGUGGACCCCAAAUGGGUGGCCCCUUAUGUGGUGUGAGGGUGAAGAUGGGACACGGGGCCUGCCCCUCUGGGGGGCGCCGGCUCCCACCCGGCCCCAGGGCAGGGACUGGCUGCCUCAGGGGGGCAGGGAAUGGGGCAGGGGCCUGUCUUCUCUAGGGGGCGCCGGCUCCCACCCGGCCCCAGGGCAGGAACUGGCUGGCUCAGGGGGCGGGGAACGGGGCAGGGGCCUGUCCCCUCUGGGGGGCGCUGGCUCUGAUCCAGCCCUGUGGAGGGUGAAGAUUGGCCCCAGUCCCCUAUAUAGUCCCUGUAAUAGGGACCCCCAGUCUGUCUGUCCCCCCAACAUCUCCCCCUCUGGUUCCUGGUGCUCUCUGGACUCUGGUGUCACUGAGUUUUGUAAUUAAACGGCUUUCGUUUACUGUGAA